AUGAAUUUAAAAGUUUUAAAGAAUUCACCACUCCUACGAAUGUUCAUUCGAACGUUAACUAUCUUGUAUGAAUAUUUUCAAAACUGUAUAAAAAAUCUCUUAAAUCUUCGAUUUAUCAAAUCCGGUCAAAAUAGUACGAAUCCUUGCUUUCCAUGUGGUUCUGAGACCUAUGUGGACAAUGUGUUUCCUGACAUCUAUGCAUCUGUUCAUUGGACAACAUACAUAUAA